UUCCAGCAGAAAAGGUAAAGAUGAAGGAAAACAAAAUAGCUGAAAUAUAGGCAGAGAAAGUUAUUAGUAUACAAUAUCUUGAUAAUAAUUAUGAGCCAGCAUCAAUCACGGAGAAAUAAGGAUGAAGCAAUCAAGUAUGGGGAAGUGUUCAACGUGUCUGGGGAGUUAGCACGCCAGCCUAUCACCCCAAGAGACGCAGCCACACUGCAAUCCGUGGAAGGCCAAAUUCUCGGAGAAACCCGAAAGGGUGGCCCUGCUGCCAUGAUGGAAUCUGCGGCUGCAAAAAACCAAAGAGCUAGUGUUGUUGACCGUAAAGACGUCACAAACAUCGCCCGAAACGAAGGGGUUACCAUAUCAAAACAGAAAAAUGAAAGGGGCAACAGUAGUGUCGUCACCGAAACUCUUGGUGGACAGGUUGUGGGGCAGUACGAAGAAGCAGAUGAAGCAAAGGAUGAGUUAGAUGUUAAUUAUGGUGGUGGUAGCGGCGACAGUAGUUUAAUCCAAGCUCCACACGUGAAACCAACAAAAGAUGAUGAGUACGAUUUUAUAAGUAAUCAAGAUGAUGCCACUUCUCUUAAUCCGCGUCUUUCUGCCGCUGACCACCUACAACAGAAUAUACUGUCUACUAUUUUAACGGGGCAGGAGAAUCCGAAUGUUACUCUAAGUAGCGUACCUGGUGGCAUGGGAGCAUCCAUGGCCACCGCUGAUCAGAGGCUCACAAAAAAUAAGUGACACACUUUCUUAAACUUGAUUACUCUCUACCUUGCCCUUUUAAGUUGUAAUCUGGUUGUGCUUUUUUAUCUAUGCGUGUAUAUUUUAUAAUUAUGUGAUAAAUAAAUUAGGGUGUUUUUAAUUACUUUUCUUUUGUAUAUAUUUUAUGAUUCCCUUAAUUGCUACCUUCAUAUAGCAUAUUACCUGAAAAUAUAGAUACUCCAUUAAGUAUCAUCCAAAUUUUUGCAUAUAUAGUUGUCCUUGUUUUGGGCCCAUUCGUUUCGGUUAGAAGGCCCAUAAGCCCAUGUUGGGUGACUUUAUCCUGUAGCCCAGGUGUUUCGCCCAUGACUCCAUGAGUGAGAGUAGGUAGAUUGAGAUUUAGCAUUUGGUUUA